UUAUACGAGGUAAAGGUUAUUGGAUUUACGGAGGGAGAUAAACAAUAAACAAAUUAUUGAGUAAAAAAAUAAAAAUCAACAAAACAUUGGUGUGCCACUAUAGCGUGUACGUAGACAUUAUUAUAAAUAAAAUAUCGCGUGCGCAGCGUACUACACGUAAUAAUAUUAUAAAUAUUAUUGUUGGCGUAUCGCGCUCGUGCGAGAACGCGGGGUAACAGCGUUAAAACGAUAUUAUUUACUUGGUAAUAUUUUUUUUAUUUAUUUCUCAUAUUUUAGUGAAAGAGAGAAAGAUACAUGUACGCCGCAGUCCAACUCUGUACGGGAGUGAAAAAUAUACAACGCUAUGGGAAAAAUGUUGUUUUUGUUGUAAUGUUGUUGUUGUUUGUACGGUUCAACGGUCAACAUGACCCGUACGGCGCGAAGGCGGGGAUGCCGGCGCAUGCGCACUACUUGUUUACAUCUAUAGGAAUACGCGCUGAUUAAUCGUCACACAGACACGCGCAUAUACGCACACACAAAAUAAUAACACAGUGGUGGCGCUUACGUAUCCACAUGACUUUUCCGCGAAAAAUGUUUUCCAUUAACAACAACAAUAAUAACGAAACGGUUAAUUCAGUGACAUUAACUACGUUGUCGUCGUUGUCGUUGUCGUCGCCACCGCCGUCGUCGUUGUCGUCCGCGGUGUGUUUUUCGCGCGGUGUUAUUGUUGUUCCGCAGUGGUCAGUAGCCGCCGAAAGGGUUUUUGCCGAUUUCCAACGUGCCCCGUGCGCCGCAGCAUGUUCCGUCGUAUCGUCGUCGUAAACGUUGCCGUCACCGACGUCGUUGUUCCGCCCGCAGUGUUUACCGUUGCCGUUGAACGACUACUACUGUCCGUGUCCGCGUGCACCAUUCUCCAACCGGAGAAAUAAUAAUAAUAAUCAUAAUCGCAAAAAUAAACUACAAUAAUAUUGCUGUUGUUAUUAUCAUCGGCUCACACGCGGUGGGCGCCGCGAGUGUUGUUUUUUUAAUUUAAUUAUUUUUAUAAUCGCGUUGUUCGCGUUGUUUGAUCGUUCGAUCGUUACACGACGUUGCUGUUUUCGCUGUUCGUGCAGAGUCAACGAUUCCUCCGACGCCCCUUGUCCGUCGCACACGCCCUUCGAGUGCACCCUGCACACGGGUACUUUGCAACAUCGUGACACACGAAAUUAUUUAAAUUAUUUAAAAUGAGUAUGUUGCAUACUGAUCCACCCAAACAUAGAAACGCCAUGGCUGGUGUUGUAAAAAUUGGAUAUUUAAAAAAAAAUAAAAGUAUGAGAAAAAAGUUUUUUGUACUUAGAGAAGAAACUGCCCAUGGUGGACCUGCCCGUCUUGAAUAUUAUGAAAAUGAAAAAAAGUGGAGAAACAAUGCAUCACCGAAAAAAGUAAUUGUAUUAAAGACUUGCUUCAAUAUAGACAAACGUGUAGAUUCGCGUACUAAAAAAACUUUGAUUUGUUUAUACACAAAAGAAAAUUACUUUUGUAUACUAUUUGAUAGUGAUAAAGAACUUGACGAAUGGUUGGAUCUUAUGUUAGUUUUACAACGUGUUACUAAAGAAUUUGGACCGGGUGAUUCAAUUAAAGAACCUUAUGAGCAUAUAUGGCACAUUUCUAUAUUAAAAAAAGAGUUAGGAAUGAAUGCUAAUUUAAUGGGUCUGACUGGACUUUGUCUAUGUGAUAAAAAGGUGACCAUUAUGAAGUAUCCAACUAAAUCAAAAAAACAAAAAACAAUUGAUAUAAUGUUGACAAGUAUUCGACGUUGUGGCGCUUUAGAUACAUUCUUUUAUAUGGAAGUAGGACAAAGUUCUCCAUUUGGAUCUGGUCAUAUAUGGAUGGAUACAUGGAAUUCUGAAGUAGCAAAAAGUAUUCAUGAAACUAUAAUGGGUGCAUCAAGUAGAACUCAUGAUCCUAGAUUCAGAAUGAGAUCUUCAUCAUUUAAUGAAGGAUCACGUCUUAUAAACUGUCCAUCAAGACAACGAUCUAGUUUUUAUGAUGAAAAUAAUCCUGGACUUCGGUAUAAAAAUAAUAGUCAAAGUUCCUCAACAUUAAAUAAUGGCAAUGUUGAUUUAGCUCGUACAGGAUCAGUUAGACAACGUUGUGAUAGUAUGCCAUUGCGACCACGCACUAUAAGUGAAAAUAUUCCAUCAACAACACGGUCAUUUAAUGGGAUUUUAUCUCCAAAACAAAUCUCCCAUAAAGGUUGUAAUUGUGUUUCUGCUUCUUCAUCAAUAUCAGCGUUUAAUGAUUCUGGCAUGAGUACCUGGGAGCCGUCACUUUCAAGAUCUACAGAUACUACUGAUGGAAUAUCUUCUUUUUAUAGUCUUAGUGACCAGCGGUCUGCAAUAGUUGAGGAAAAACAAGAAGAUUUUGUUUCUUACACCCCAUUAGAUAGAGAAGACACAAUGAGACUAACUAGUGACAGUAGUGUUAAUAAUAAUAUUAAUUUGAUUAACAACAAUAUUGUUGGUAACAGGUCUAGUUCCUCUUCUCAGACGGGUUCUUGUUGUGACUCAAAUAGCCCAUAUGGCUCACCCAUCAAUGUUGAUGAUCAUUCAUAUACUCCAUUACAUCCUGGUGUAUCUGAAUCUUCUCCACCUCCUGAUGGUUAUCUUCCAAUGAAACCAGGUUACACUUUUCAAAAUUAUUACACCUUGAUGGAAGGACAUAAUUCUAAACAAGAUUCUAUUGAUAUGGCUCAAACGGAGUUUACAUCACUUGAAGGCUAUGUUCCUAUGGCUCCUGUGGGUAAAACAUCGGACUAUAUAUCCAUGGACUGUAAACAAGAAUCCAUAGAAUCUGGAACACCUUCUACCGACACUCGCUUUUCUGAUAUACAUUUAGAUAAAGUUUGUGCAUACCUAACUCCAUCUGAGGAUGAAGGACCCAUUGAAAGACCAACUAGAGCUUAUUCUGUUGGUUCUAGACCAGAUGGUUUAAGAGAAAAAAUAGACAGAAUAAAUGCUGAUCGAACGAGAACACGUGCAUUUUCAGUUGGUAGUCGUGGUCGAUUACCCCCUACUGGAUUAGCACGUAAUGGUUAUCAGUCAGGUUCGACAAGUAUGUCUGAACAAAGUGAUAGUGGCGAUCGUAUGGAAAUAGAUUUUAGUUGUAAUUCUAAAUCUCGUCAUCUCUAUUCAGCAACUUGUCGUACUUUGGCUGUUCAAACACCAGCAGAUUUGUCACCAAGGUCAUCACCUAAACUUUGCCCUUCUCCUGAUACAUCAUGUUCUCAUAGAUCGACUGGGCGUUCUCCUCCUAAAACUAUAGUGUCUUCUAUAGAUAUUAAAAGAACACUAUCUGGAGCUGUACACGGUAUAUCCAGAUCACCACCAGCAUCAUCACAUGCAUACUUGUCACCAACAUUAGAAAGGGUUUCAGAGGUACCUAGUGUUGAGCAUUUUGACAGUUACACACCAAUGAAACCAGGACAAGGAUUAUUGCCUUGUGAAAAUUCAAAUAUGGUUGAAGAAUCCAAUAAAAAAAAUUAUGUUAAUGUUUGGGAAGCUGCUAGUAGUACAUUAAAGAUGAUUGGAGGACUAAAUUGGAAAAAAAACAAGAAACGUAAUUCUACUUCUGUUCAAGAACAACUUAUACCCAUGGCUGAUGAAGGAGUUGAUGAAACAGAUUGUUAUGCAACUUUUAGGCCAGGUGAUAAUACAGUAUCUGUGGAACCAGAUCAACAGAUAGGUCAACACUCUGAUGCGAUGCUGGAUGCUCUUCGAGAUGGGUUUGCAGAUCUGGUGUUUUCAGAUCAACAACCUAUUGUUACUUAUAAUUCUCAGAACCACCCUCAAACUAAGAACUCUGUUUCUUCGCUCGAUGGGUAAUUAUAUAUUUAAUUUAUUGUAUGUGUUGUAAAAUAAAUACUAUUUUAAUAUAAA